AUGUGGGCUCCUAAGAAGAAAGAACAGCAGCAGAAGAUGUCCCUCGGGGCCUUCCUGCAGGAAGAAAAGUUUGGUGGAUCCUGGGCCGAUGAAGUCGAGGACACGAUCGGCUCUCAGCCUCUUCCUCCCGCCGGCGGUCGGGCUGGCUACUCCAGCUACGGAGGCUUUGGCGGAGACCGCGGUGGCGACCGACCUGCCUACUCCACCCGCGAAUAUCCUACCGAACUCCCCACCAGACCUCCCUACACUGCCCACCUGGGCAAUCUUUCCUACGAAGCGACCCAAGAGAGCGUCACCGAUUUCUUCGCGGACUGUGAUAUCACCAGCGUUCGCAUCAUCGAGGACAAGAUCGAGCAGCGACCGAAAGGCUUCGCCUAUGCCGAGUUUCGUGACGUCGAAGGUCUGAAGAAGGCAUUGCAGCUGGACGGCGAGAGCUUCCAAGGCCGCGGCAUUCGGAUCAAGAUUGCGGAUCCUCCCAAGGGGAACUACGGCAGCGACCGCGACAACUCGGCACGAGACCUUAGCAGCUGGGACAGGAAGGGACCCUUGCCCGACUUGCCGCGCAGCGAGCGGCGCACCGACUUCAGUGAGCGACGUGGACCCCCUCGUGAUGGGCCGGCCGAUGAUGGCAAGGUCCGUGACUUUGGCAACUGGGAGCGCAGAGGCCCCUUGUCUCCCAUGCCACAAGCAGAGCGCCCAGGAUCUCGUGACGGUAGCCGCCCUCAGACGAACGACGGCAACCGCGAUUCAUUCCGGGAGAGACGUGCAUCUCCUGCGACCUGGGGUGAGGGACGUCCUGAGGGAUCACGACCGCCCC